AUGUGCAUCUUCAGAGGCAUCCUGGAGUUUCUACAGCUCCUGCUAUCCUUAAUGGUUUCAUUUUUGAAGAAUCUAAUCUUAUGCAUAUUUCCUUCAUGCAAAAGAAAUUUUGCUGGUGAAAUAGUGCUUAUUACUGGCUCCGCAAAUGGGAUUGGAAGGCAGAUCGUCUUAAAAUUUGCUCCUCUAGGAGCAACCUUGGUUCUCUGGGACAUUGAUGAUGAAGGUAACAAAGAAACGUGCAGAUUAGCCCAGCAACGUGGAGCUAAACGCGUGUUUGUGUACCACUGUGACUGCAGCAAUAGGGAGGAGGUGUAUGCACAGGCCGACAAGGUUAGAAAAGAAGUUGGAGAUGUUACUAUUCUAAUCAAUGAUGCUGGCAUACUGCCUGGGAAAAUGUUCAUUGACACGCGAGAUGAAGAUUUUGAAAAUACUUUAAAAGUCAACUUCUUCUCUCAAGUCUGGACUUGCAAGGCCUUUCUUCCAGCCAUGAUGCGCUGCGACCGUGGACACCUGGUUAGCAUGUCCAGCUCAGCAGGAUUGUUGGGAGGAUACAGAAGUUCAGAUUACUCUGCAAGUAAAUUUGCAAUUGUGGGAAUGAUGGAAGCCAUAAAUUCGGAACUGUAUCACACAGGAAAACGAGGAAUUAAAUUCACAAUAAUUUGCCCAUAUUUUGUUAAUACUAAAUUAGCUAGAGGUUUUCAAAGCGAAAGCCCCCUUCUUCCUGUGUCCGAGCCAGAUUAUGUAGCCAGCAGGAUUGUGGAUGCAAUUCAAAGGGAUAAAUUUUAUCUAGUCAUGCCUCUGACUAUAUACAUUGAGGCUCUUAAAUUUCUCUUUCCUAGAAAAGUCAUACUGUUCCUGGAAUCCUGCUUUAAGAUCCCUGACAGCAUGGAGAAAGCCUACGGUCGGAAUAAAAAGGAAUGA